AUGGCCAACGCCAACGCCAGCCACGUCGACUUGACGGAAUAUCUAUUCACUCGAAUCCACCAGCUGGGAGUGCGGGCGGUGCACGGGGUGCCAGGCGACUACAACCUCACGGCGCUGGACUACAUCGAACCAGCCGGAUUAGAGUGGGUGGGCAAUGCCAACGAGCUCAACGCCGGGUAUGCGGCGGACGGGUAUGCACGCGUUCGGGGGGUGUCGGCGCUGGUGACGGCGUUUGGGGUGGGCGAACUGAGUGCGAUCAACGCGAUCGCAGGGGCAUACGCGGAGCGAGCGGCGGUGAUACAUAUCGUGGGCACGGCGCCAACGCACGCGCAGCAGCAGGGGCUCUGCAUGCACCACUCGCUGGGGGACGGCGACUUCAGGGUGUUUGCCGACAUGUCGGCCAAGAUCACGGUGGCACAAACGAACCUGAUCGACCCGGCCACGGCUCCCGCAGAAAUCGACCGGUGUCUGCGUGAAUGUGUCGUGCAAAGUCGCCCCGUCUACAUCGAGCUGCCGACCAACAUGGUGAAAGCACGAGUUUCGGCCGCGCGCCUGUCCACGCCCAUUGAUAUCUCAGUGAUCUCGGCCAACAACGACGCGGAAGCCGAAACAAAGACAGCCGACCGGAUCCUCGAGCGCAUCUACGGGUCCAAACAACCAUUCAUCAUUGUCGACGGGUUCACCUCGCGCUACGGCAUCAGCGACGAGGCCGACGAGCUGGUGCGCGUGACGGGGUUUCCGACCUCGACCACGCCGUUCGGCAAGGGCAUUGUCAAUGAGACGUACCCCAACUUCCACGGCAUCUAUGCCGGCAUGGCCGGCAAGCAGAUCUACAUGCCGUGGGCGAGAGGGUGCGACGUUGUGAUCCGUUUGGGUCCUUUACCCAGCGACGUCAACACAUUCGGCUUCAGCACGACGCCGGACCCCAAAACGGCAAUCACUUUCGAGCGAGACUCGGUCGAGUUCGACGGCUCCAAACACACAGGGCUGCACGUCAAAUCACUCCUGCGCAAGAUUUUGCAGCGGCUCGACCCGACCAAACUGCCCAAAUACGACCCCUACCCGGAUCUAGGUGACCCACGCGCACAACUGGACGCACUGCCGCCCACGGGCGAGGACGACACCAUCGACCAAGCCACCUUUUACCAGCGCAUGUCGAAUUUCUUCCGAUCUGGCGAUAUCGUGCUGACCGAGACGGGCACGCCGUCCGUGGGCGGCCGCGAUUUCGUGUUGCCACCGCACACCAAGCUGAUCAACUCGUCUCUGUGGUUGUCCAUCGGAUACAUGCUCGGAGCGUGUGCGGGCGCGGCAUUGGCCCAGCGCGAAAUGAUAGCGGAAGGGCUAUGGCCUCCAAGAAGCGAGAAGAAAGGAAGAGCAGCAGCAGCAGCAACAGAAACAACGUCAGGCAGAACCAUCCUCUUCGAAGGCGACGGCAGCCUCCAAAUGACAGCCCAAGUCUUUUCCGAUAUCAUCCGCAACCGUUUGGAUGUUGUAGUAUUCAUCCUCAACAACGACGGGUACACGAUCGAGCGCUGGAUCCACGGCAUGCGCGCCGGAUACAACGACAUCCAGCCCUGGCGAUACCUAGACGCGCCCAGCUAUUUCGGCGCAGACCUCAACGACCCCGACUACCCGGUCUUCACGGCCCGGGCCGAGUCGUGGGGUCAAUUGGAUCGGAUUGUGGACAGCGAAGCCCUCAAGAAGGGGAAAGGUCUCAAUAUCGUCGAGGUCAUCAUGGCUAGGGAAGAUGCUCCUGAAGUUCUGAAGAAGUUGGUCGAAAGCACGUCGAGAAGAAACAGUGGCGCCUCGGUCGAUUUGUCUGUCGAAAAGGACCGUCCAAAGGCCAUUACGCAUGAAGAAAAGGUCAUGAAGGUGGCUGGUUGA